AUGGCUGCAGAUACCGAAAUUAAUGACUCUACCCAAAAACCCCCGCCACUUCGUGUACUGCCUAUCAAGGACAGUAAAAAGGACAAUAAAAAGGAUAGUGCGAGAAAGGAUUCUAAGAGUGUUAACCCUUCCCAACCCAGUUCUUCUUCCACAAGGCCUCAUACUAGAUCGACAUCCCAAUCAGAGAAAAGGACCUUUUUAAAACCCAAUCCAACUUUCAAAUUACCUGGAGCUCCGUCGAAGGCCCCCACAACAAAACCAGGACAGCCGGCAGCGAGCCUCCAACCUAAGAUCCCGACGCGAAGAGCGACAGCCCCUGGACCUUUGAAUUUUAAGCCCACAUCUAUUUUAAAAGGACCAAAAGGAGCUGCACCAAGCAACCGAUCAAUGAGGAUGAACGCUGACAACUUCCAACUUCCUGGUCCAUCUUCAAGAUCUGAGCCUCCACCCCGAAGCCCAGGAAGGCCUAAAGGCUCUACCCACCCAAAGGAAUCCGACGGAGAGGAGUCCUAUCGGCCUCCAGCAGCAGUAGGCUCAGUCGACCCUGAUGUCAGCUGCAUAGCCAAAAGAUUGAGGAAAAGAACGACCUCUGCUGCCCAACCUUCAAAAGAUUAA